AUGGCAAAACUCGAACCUUACAAAGGCGACUACUACCUCUGGGCUUAUAUCCCCUCCUUGGCUGCAUCGGUCAUUUUCCUCAUUCUCUUCUUCACGUGCACGGUUUUCCAUACCUGGAAGGCAUGGAAAACUGGAGCUAAAUUCUGUAUCCCCUUUUGCCUUGGUGGGCUAUUCGAGAUAAUUGGCUACGGAGGCCGUACAGACUGCACCAAUAACACCGCGCAACUAGGGCCAUACAUCAUCCAAAGCACCUUCAUCCUCCUCGGCCCUGUCCUCUAUGCCGCCUCGGUGUACAUGUUCCUCGCUCGCCUGAUUCGUAGCGUGAACGCGGAAAAAUAUUCUCUUAUCCGGAUUGAUUGGAUGGCCAAGACAUUUGUCACCAGCGACAUCAUAUCUUUCAUUGUUCAAGGAAGCGGCGCGGGAAUGAUGGCUAUGAACGGAAUGGCGAGUACAGCGAAGGGAAUUGUCAUUGGUGGAUUGAUGAUUCAACUUAUCAUGUUUGGGUUCUUUAUAGUCACUUCAAUUGUAUUCGAAAAGCGGAUAAGGCAGGCUCCAACGGCCGAUCAAGCGUCGUGGCAGAAGCACCUGUAUCCGCUAUACGCGGUGAGUGUAUUGAUUAUGGUACGGUCAAUCUUCCGUGUGAUUGAGUAUGCAACGGGGCAAAAUGGCUAUCUGCUGAGUCAUGAGUGGCCGAUGUAUGUUUUUGACGCGGUGUUGAUGUGGGCCGCGAUGCUUAUCUGGGGGUAUUGGCAUCCGGGAGCGUUAAGGGCGGAGAAGUCCGGGGUGAAGUUGUUGAGUAUGAGGAGUUAUUAG